GAUCAUCCUCUAUAUAUAUGCAACAUUCUUACAACUUACUUCUUACGUACUAACCAAAAUUUAUCAUAUUUUUUUGUCCAAAAUAUGUCUAUUCCCAAACUCUCCUUGUUUUCUUUCCUACUAGUCCUAAGUUUCUUCAUACCACAAAAUCAUGCAUUCUCAAGAUCCAUAACAAAAGAAGAAAUGGGUCUUAAAAAACAACACCACUUUACCCAUCUACACUUUUACUGGCACGACUACGUCAAAGGGCCUAACCUGACCGCGCGACGUAUCGCCCAAUCCUCAAUCACGGACAAAACCCCAAGUGGUUUUGGCGCGCUUGUUAUGUUCGAUGAUCCCUUGACCGUAGGACCCGAAAAAGACUCAAAAAUCAUAGGGUACGCGCAAGGAAUGUACGGGUUUGCGGACCUUAAGCAACAGGGACUAUUGAUGAUAAUGAACUUUGUAUUUGUAGAGGGUGAAUAUAAUGGAAGUACCAUAAGUGUGUUAGGAAGAAAUCAAGUGAUGAGUAAAGUACGAGAAAUGGGUGUUGUUGGUGGAAGUGGUGUGUUUAGGUCUGCUACAGGGUAUGCACAAGCUAAAACUAUUACAAUGUUGGAUAAAAGUGGUGCUAGUAUUGUUGAUUAUAAUGUUUAUGUUCAACAUUAAUUAGUACUUUUUUUUUUCAAGUUGGUUAUAAUUAUGUUUUACUCAAGUGGUUGCAAACUUUUAUUUAUUUUUGAAUGUGGAAUAAUUUGUUCAUGUUAUUUGGAUUUCGGAUCGGAUUUCGGAUUCGAAUUUUUGAUAUUUAAAUUCAGAGUGGCUGAUAAAAUGAAAUACCAA